GCUGAUAUUGCUCGGGCUUCGCGGACUUGUCGGCCCUGAUUACGAGCUUCAACACUCGACAAAGACCCGGGGCACCUUGCGUGCUCGCGGCCGUCCUGCAAUCUCAUCUAGAUAAACUGCCCCGCACAUCAAACCCACGUUGACCGACGCAUAUAAUCAAGAUCUACCGGGGGGCCCCUUUUCCCCUCAACUUGCACGGACGACGCAGACGACGAUGGCGGCCAAGACGUCGCUCGCGAACCCGGACCACGCAGCGACGACGCUCCUCGCCCAGCUUCCAGCCUCGCUCGCGCCCUCCUCGCCGCUCCUCGCCGCCUCUCUCCCGCUUUUGCCCAAUCCGCUCGUCUCUUACUCGGUGUACGCACCGGCCUCGGCUGCAUCCGACGUCCUCCACACGCUCGACGACGCCCGCCGCCGCAUCCUCGCCUUUCCCAUCGUCCAGCAUGGACCCGACCGCCUCGCCCCGCCUCCGCUACGCGACGCGCUCCUCCCGUACACGCACGUCGCCCUCGGCCUGCUCUACGUCUUCGCCCUCGGCACGACGGACGGCCCCACGCCGUCCACCACCGCCCUCGCCUCCCUCUCCGCCUCCCUCCCCCCCUCCCUCGUCCUCCGCGACACCGGCACGUUCACCCCGCAGGACCUCUACCCCUGCUCGCCCGCCUGCGCCCCGCAGCGCAUGCCCUGCCCCGCCUGCCUCAACCCGCCCCUCGCGCACGCGCUCCCCCGCUACCCGAGCCCGCCCGCGAGCCCGUCCCGCCCGCGCCGCGCCGGCUCGGGCCCGCGCCUCCCCCGCGAGCCGCUCCGCCUGCCCUACGCCCUCUUCUUGGACGCGCUCCGCGCUCGUCUCCUCGACGACGUCGUCCGCGUCUCCGCAUGUUCCACCGACCCGAGCGAGCCGCCCGUGAAGAGGCUCGGCGCGGGCUUCCUCCUCGGCCCGAGCCCGGCCACGUCGCGCUGGAGCGACGGAUGGCAGCACCACGCCCAGUCAAGACCCCUGAUAUACUGCCACCUGCACCUACACCUCCACGCGACGCACAUCUCCAUCCAUCCUCUCCUCCGCCCGACGCCUUACCUCCCCCUCCCGCUCUUCCUCUCCCCCUCUCCCCCUUCCACCUCUCACGGCCGCCCAGCCUCGCUCCGCCCCGGCGCGCCCAUCGUCCUCCUCCCCUUCCACACGCCCGCCCACUUCCUUGCGCCCUACCCCGCCUCCUCCUCCCCCUCCCCUUCCUCCUCCCAGACCUCUCCCUCCGCCUCCGCCCUCUCCUCCCUCACCCGCCAGUUCACCGCCUCCCUCGCCGGGCUCGGCGCCGGCGACUGGACCUCCCCGCCCCCUUACCUCUCGCCCCCCACGCGCACCUCCCCCUUCUCCGCCUCCGCCUCCGCCUCCCACCCCGAUCCGAGCUCGGUCCCCACUUCAGACACACACACGGACAGGGACAGGGACAGGGACAGGGACAGGGACAAAGAUAAACACGCCACGCCGACCUACAUCAUCGCCUGGCUCCCCCUCGACCCCGACCGCGGCCUGCCGAUCGUCUGGCCCGCCCGCCUCUCCCUCGCCUUCUCCCCUUCCUCCCCCAUCACCUCCUCCUCCCCCUCCUCCUCCACACCACCACCACCCCCACCGCUCUCGCACAUCCCGGCCCUCGCCCCGCAGCUCCAGCCGUCCCCGCCCCCGCCCGCCCCAUCCCUCCCGCUCCCGCUCUCGCUCGCCCACCUCGCCCGCCUCUCCUCCGCAUCGGCCUCUGCGCCGUCGUCCGCCGCGCCCUCGCCCACCACCGCAGGCGCCGCCGCAGGCCCGAUCGCGAGCUUGGUCGCGAGAUCGCUCUCGCGCUCGACUACGCCUGGACCUGGACCUGGACCUUCUUCUGCGACUGCUCUCGGUCCAGUGCCCGGAGGAGGAGGAGGAGUAGGGGCAGGAACAGGAGGAGGGGGAGUGGGGGUAGGGGCAGGAACAGGAGUAGGAGGAGGGGCAGGGGGAGGACCAGGCUCGCGGCCACCGUCCAGAGGCCCGUUCGCGUACCACCCCCCGGCCUCGCCCACGCGCGCCGCCGCCGCCUUCCGCGCGCUCACCCUCGCCCAAGACGCGCCGCCGGGGAGGAGCAGGACGACGAGGGAGAGGAGGGAGAGGACGGCGACGAGGACGAGGGGGGGAAGCGGGAUACGCGCGCGCGCGGUCGAGGUCGCGGUGUACACGGACGCGGUCGCGAAGGAGAGGGAGAGGGAGAGGGAGCGGAUGAGGAGGGAGAGGGAGAGGGAGCGGGAGCGGGAGGGCGGCGCGGGUUCGAGUAAGGCGGAAGCGGACAAGGAGGAGGAUGUGGGCGCGGUGGGGGUGGGGUCGUCGUCGUCGCCGCCGCCGUUGGCGUUGGCGCAACCGAUCGGGGUUGGGGUAGGAGAGGGACGAGGAGCGGCGAUGGACGGAGCGGGCGGUGGGUUUGCGGAAGGAGGAGGGGGGGGACAGGUUCGAGAGGGUGGGGGGGAGCAGGCGGCGGUCCAGGAUGCGGGCAUGGCCCCGCCGUCCACCGCGGAUGUCCCUCCGGUUCCGGACUCUAUUGGUGCUCCCGCCGCACCGCCGGCCCCCGCCCCGACGAGCUACGAUUUCGCGCUGGAGGGCUGGGGCUCCGCUGCUGGGGACGACUACAUGGACUUUGACUUUGCGAUGGACAUGGACGCUAUCGCCAGCGGCGGCGCGCCCCACGAUAUACCGACGGUAGCCGCGAACAUGGACGUCGACAUGGGCGUCGGCGUCGACUUCGAGGAGAUGUUCACCGAGGACGACUUCAGCUUCUUCGACAAGCCGUCCACCGCCGCAGCCGCCGCCACCUCCACCACCACCUCCGCCGUCACCGCCCUCGCCGCGCCGCUAACAGCGAGCACGACGCUCGCGGAGCACGGCCUGCCGAUCUUCGGGAGCGGCCUCACGCCCGCCGCGGGGCCCGCGCCGCUCGGCCUCUCGCCCCCGUUCGCCGACCCGCCCUGGCCGGCGCCGACGCCCGCGGACGCGUUCGAGCCCCCCGCGCCGCCGCCGCCGCCCGAGCUCGUCCCCCCUUCGUCGCGCGACACGCCCUCCUCCGCCGCCUCUCCCGCGCCCGCGACGCCCGCCGUGCACGUCGCGGCCUCCCCGGGCGGCGGCGCGUCGCCGUUCGACCCGAUCCCGUUCGCGCCGACGCACCGCCAGGCGGACGGCAAGUACCUGCUCGGCAAGUUCGCGCUCCCGGUGUUGGGGAAGGAGCCGGUGCUGGGGGAGGAGGACGUCGUGCUGCCACUGUCGCCGAAGAGCGCCGCGGCGGAGGGCUGGAGGCUGCGCUACGCGGCCGCGACGGACCCGCGCGUCGGCGUGAUCAAGCAGCUGAUCGGCGUGAAGCGCAAGGCGCAGGGUGCGCGCGCCGCCGACAAGGCCUCGCCGUCGUGGCUCCGCAACGACGAAGAGUGGCUCGAUAGCACCGCGUACGGCGACGAGGACGCGCGCGACGACGAAGCGGACGCCGGUUCAUCUACGAGCGGCAGCAGCAGCGACUCGGACUCGCCCGAGGAAGACGCGGGCGCGGGCGAGGACGAGCGCAUC